AUGACAAACAAUGAUACUGAUAAAACACCACUACUAAGUUCAGAGAUUCCUGAGAAUCCCAUUGUAUUACCUCCACAACAACCACUGUCGUCACAGCUGCUGGGCAAAUCAUCAUCUAUUACCCCUACACCAUCAUUAGUUUCACUAAAACAACCAACAAUAUCUCCUUCAUCAUUAUCUAAUACCACGAAAACAAAUUCUAAAUUAGUUAAAUCAAAUAAAAUUGGAUUACAAAGAACUAGUAGAACAUCUCAAAAACUCAAAUUAUUACCUGAAGAUCCUGACCUAGAUACUAUCAACACAACAUUAGGUGGGAAAGUUGGUGACAACGAUGAUGAUGAUGAUGAUGAUGAUGAUGACGACAACGAGAAUGCUCCACCAACAAGAGUAUAUUCCCAAGUGAAGAAAAUUACUGAUACAUCAGCACGUAAAGAUGCUGAAACAUUAAAUAAACUGCAUCGUGAUUUAUUACCUAGAGUCACAGCUUAUUGUACUUGUGGAUCAUAUAGAAUGAAAGAAUUAUUACGAUGGUUAAAAGAUAAGAAAAAAAUCCAUAAUACUAGUCCUAAAUUAUUUGAUGAAUGUUUAUAUACCCCAUUUACAUAUAAAGAUUGGCGAGGAACCACCAAUAACAAUUCGGAUAACAAUAACAAUAGUACUAUUAUUGAUGAUGCUAAUGCUAAUGCUGCUGCUGCUGCUGCUCGUAAACUUAUAAGACUUGCAGAUGAAGGAGGAGAAAUAGAUAUUGGUAAGAAAAAUGAUAUAUUUAUAUUUGAAUAUGGAGUAGUAAUAAUGUGGGGGUAUACUAGGAAAGAAGAAUCGGCAUUUUUAGAAGAUUUAGCAAGAUUUGAAAGUGAAAAAUUAUCUGAAGAAGAUAUUCAAAUUGAAGAAUUUAAUUAUUAUAUUACUAAAUCAUAUCAACCAAGAAUUUAUAAUGAUUUUAUUACAUUAAGAGAUGAUGAUAAUUAUAUGUUAAAAUUAUCUAUUUCUCAUGGAUUAGCUCAAUCAGUGAAAAUUUCUUUAUUUGAAGAAUUAGUUGAUAAUACAAUUGAAGAUACUCAAGAAAUUCCUCAACAAAUUGCUCAUACGGGGAAAGUUGAAAUGACUAGAGAUGAAAUAAUGAAAUCUAUUGGAGAAUUAUUUAUAUUAAGAAUAAAUAUUAAUUUACAUGGAUCAGUAUUGGAUUCACCAGAAUUAAUGUGGGCUGAACCUCAUUUAGAACCAAUUUAUCAAGCUAUGAGAGGAUAUUUAGAAAUUAAUCAACGAGUAGAAUUAUUAAAUCAAAGAUUAGAAGUUAUAUCUGAUUUAUUACUGAUGUUGAAAGAACAAUUGGGUCAUUCUCAUGAAGAAAAUUUGGAAUUUAUUGUUGUUGUUCUCGUUGGUGUUGAAGUAUUGGUUAGUGUUAUUAAUAUUAUUAUUGAUAUUAUGGCAUUUUAA